GCCAUACAGGUAAACAUUCAUUCACCAUGGUGUGUGUAGUCAUCAAUAAAUACAUGGAUUUGGUUGUCUGAGGGGUUGACAACAAGCCUUCCAAACCAGAAGAAAAUCAAUGUAUUUUGCCGGGAAAUCGAUAGAAACUAAAUGAAAUAGAAGGUACCAGAAAACAGUCACAGAUAUGAAUGUUGAUAAUGCUCUGCGUGAACUGGGCAUGCUCAGUGCUGUUACAGACAGUCGUAAACAAUUUCUACAGGAGAAAAGUCGAAAAAAAGAACGAGAAUCUAAAAAAAGUUCUUCUGCUUCAAGUUCCAGCUAUCAGGUUGUUCGAAUGAAUCCAGCAUUCAUUACAGGCUUAGGUCCCAUAAAAUAUGUUCCAGAACAAGGCUUGAUCAACAAAAAUGAUGAGGCUCAGAAGAGUCCUAGUAGUUCAAGAAUGGAGAGCCAGGAGAACCUUGGUAGAGCAACUCGGGAAAGGCGUUUUAGGAAGCAUUUCAACAAGCCGUAUUAUCAACCUAAAUACGAUGUUACAAGGAUGGAAACAGAUGAUGAUGUCAUAUUUACUGAGAAUGGUAACCGUUCAAAUCUUGUCUGCGUCCGUUCUACGCGACGCAGGCGUUCAAAAUCUCUUGAUGACAUCAAGCUUGUGAACGAUGUACAGAAAAAUGAUGUUGAAAAAGUUGCUAAGGUUAUGCAGAAUCUAACAGUAAAGUGACACUUUUCAGAUCACUUCUGAAAUCUUCAAUUUAAAUAAUGAAAAGGAUUGCAUAUUGCAAAAUUGUUUCCAUGGUUGAAAGAAUCGUGCAUGUUAAAAAAUGGAGGUUCACCAUAUUGAUUGGGUUAAUUUUCUUGUCCUCUUGCAUUCUGUUUUUUUCGGAGGGUUUGGUGGGGAAGUGGUGGGUACUGCAGUAUUUUCACAUUGGGAAAUACCCAGAAAAUGGUGCAGAAAAAUAUUCUUGUAUUUUGUGCCUCAUUUUCAUACUUUUUAUUGUGUCAGCCAUAAUGACAGCGCCCCCAUCGUACCUUUAUUUUGGUAUGAUACUGUACCUCAAUCACACCCUUUGAAUAAAACUGGAGUGAAAUUAAAAUAUUUUUUAAUUAGGUCUUCAAGUUUUUGUGAUCUAAUUGGUUAACAUACUGUAAUAAUUUUUAACAAUUUUGUUUUAGCACUCAAUAUUAAAAAUGAUUUGAUCUUUAAAGUAUUAAUGCUUUUAAAGCUUCAGUUUCAUGAUCAAAAGAGGUAAUUAAUAUAUAAAAUAAUCCUACAUGAGUAGCUGCAGGCUGGUGGAUUGUCUUCUAAUCCAAGUGCACUUGGUUCAGUUAAGGCAAUUCAACAUAAAGAUGUUCAUCUUUGAACAUUUUAACUCUGUCGUUGAAAUUCUAUGCAUCACACACACCUACAUGCAUGCUCUAUGUUCGCGCAGGGAGAUGUUUGUGCGAGGAGAUGUUCGCUCGAGGAGAUGUUCGCACGAGGAGAUGCUCGCUCAAUGAGAUGUUAGCAUGAGGAGAUGUUCACACAAGGAGAUGUUUGCUCGAGGAGAUGAGCGUCCUUUUGUUGAAUUGCCUUGGUUCAAUUGCUGCGCCACCAGGAUUUUGUUUUUCUUGCCUAAAAAACACCUUGCAAGCUUUAUAAUUAUGAAAACUUAGUGUGUAUUCAAUGUGACAGAAGGGAUCUUUCGAUUUGAGCAACGAAGCCAUAAUAGAAAGGAAUCAGUCAUUCGUGACUAUCCUACCAGACGUCCAACGUUUUCUGCGUACGUAGAUUUGGCCAAAUUGCGUCCUAGAAUCCAUGCGACAGGGAGAACUAACGUUCUCGCGUACACAAAUGACUUUUAGUAAUGCCAUUACGCUCUACGUCCUACCGUACCGCCGUCGUGCAAUCGAAAGCUCCCUAUUAAAAUUUUAUUUGAGAAAAACGUGACAUGCCUAAAUAUGGUCAUGAUGGCAUCGCAUCAUGACCAUAUAUAGGCGUAUGAGGACUAUAUAUGGGCAUACAACAGUUUUUUGUCAAAGAACAUUUUUUAAUCUGGACAGAGAUGAGAAAAAAUUAAAAUAAGAAUCAAGUUUUACAGUACUUUCUUUGUCAACAACAACCAUUGUAUUAAUUAAGUUUUGUUUCAUAGUAAUUAAAAAGUAUCCUUAAGGAACCUUAUGUAACAAUUUAGCAAUGCAGUAUAAAAUUCAACUUUGUUUUAUAUAGUAUUUUCUUUGUCAACAUCAACCAUGUUAUUCAACACAUAUUCUUAAGAAAUAUAUUUAAGAAGAAUGCAGUAUAAAAUAUUUAAUAUACAGUUUACAGUUACCUAUGAAUGACAACCAUGCUAUAUAUUUUAAGGUUUGUUUCCUAAUAUUUAAUUUGUAUUCUUAAGAAAAAUAUUUAAAAGAUAUGUAAAUGCAGUACAGUAUUUAUUAUUUUUAGCACAUUGGCUGGCAGGGCUAACUCGCCUUUGGAUAUCGUAGUUAAGAUCCCAGAAAACAACAGCCAUUUGUAGAGAAAUUGUUGAAGGGGUUGUCAGAUUAUAUUUCUGAUUGGUCAGUUUGAUUUACACUCAGAAACGUCCAUUGUGUGAUUGGUUUUCAUAUGCCAACCAAGGUAUAAUUUGUUUGUUAGACAUUUUAUACAGUUCAAACUUUCAAAGGAUUUUAAGGAUUAAUGACAAAAAGUUGGGGGAAAAAAGAGCUACUGUACAUUUCCCCCACUUUUCGAGCUGAGUAGGAUCUUAGCAUAUUUAAUUUAAAAGUAUGAUAGGCUUAUAUUGUCCACAGUAAUGCUGAUAUUGGUGCCCUCAGUGACACUUAGUGACGUGUGUAUGCUCGUAGUUAGCAGUUGACGUGUAAAUCUUAAAUUUCAUACUGCGAAGAAACAUUUCAUAGAAAGUUAAAUGUUAUUUUGGUAAUUUAAAUAUUUUAAAUUUAUCUGAGAAGGUGAGAUGUAAUAUAUUUUGUUAAAAGUUAAUUUUAUAUAUCUACCUAUGCAAUAAAUAUGCAUCUGUAGUGAGUAGAGCUAUGCAUUUGGGGAGGGUGUGGUGACAUUAAUGUUUUUCGGUAUCUGCUCUUUCUUCUUGACCCAGAGUGAAAGAACAUUCAAAUUAUGUAUGUAGCAUUAUGUAGUAAAAAAGUUUUUAUAAGAAUGCUAGAGAGUUAAGUACCGGUUUUGAAUGUCGGCGAUACCAAUUGCAUAUCCGUACACAACGAAAAACUUGCCAAGGUCAUAUGCGACUAGUGUUGUCAUGCCAGUAUGGGUUAGCACAUGUCACAUUAAUAUUGUCUGUUCUUUAUCCGCACAGUUUGUUUUGAACAAAUCUCAGGGGUACCAAGUUGGAAGAAUCCAAAUCCGUGAGUCCUGUUUGAAUGAGCUUUCUUAACUCAUCAAAUUAUAUUUUGCUGUGCAUUGUGAUACCCAUUGGCACUGACUCUUGGAAAACAAUUUAUAAUACUGUAGUAAAAAUUUGUAAAACAUGCAAAUGUUGUUAAUUUGCAGGAGAUGGGUUAUUUUCUGGGAGAUUCUUGCUUGCUUGCAGGAGUGGGGGAGGCCUUCCCAAUUUCCGGGAAAUGCCCGCUACUUGCAGUGGACUUUGGACCCCUGAAAUCUUGUGUGCCAAAAAGAUUAAAAUUUGAAAGUUAAA